AUGACGGACGCUAUGAAGAGCCUUGCCACCGCUCUGGAGGGUAGUCCGGUCUCGCUGGAGCAUGAGGGACCUCUACAGGACGCACACCUCAUCGCCAUACGAGAUCUCGCUACGAGCGCGACAGUCACAGACCUUCGCAGUCGACUAUUGAACGGCUCUUUGUGCCCUCGAGGGGCCACACAUCUCACAGCAGCACUCUGGAACGCGACAAGCGUGCGCGGCUACCAAAAAUGCCUCUUGGCAGCACGUCAGGCUCGUCUCGAUGACGGACUCUCCUUCAACGGCUACGACAACCUCGCAGAGGCUGGGGCUGCCAUGCGCAGUGCCAUGUGCUCGGAUGUGGCCGAGCCGAAAACCUGCGCCGAGUGGGCCCGCCUCAUCGACCUCUACACCUCCUUCCUCCCUGAUCGGUCCCACAUCCACGAGCUGGAGAACCUGCCGCAGGAGAUCGCCAUUGGCGAGCUGCUCCGCGAGACCGUCGAGCGCGUGCGCAGGGCGGAGGAUCACGCCGGAGGCGACGGCUUCGCGCUGGACUGCGUCGUCGACGUCGGCGGCGGCAACGGCUUCCUUGCAGCGCAGGUGGCGGAGCGCCUUCAGUGCGACAGCGUCGUCAUCGACCCCUUCUUUCCGGCGCACUCCAUCGACUGCUGCCCGCGGGUGUGGCCCGACACAGCGCAUCGCACACGGCCCGCCACGCGCCGGCAGCGCACGCUGCACCGCACCGUGGCGCUGUUCCGCGACGUCCGCUGGUCGGACGCUGUGCCGGCAGCACCAGCGCGCACGGCCCUCAUCGCGAAGCACCUGUGCGGCAGCGGCGUGGACGAGGUGCUGCGCCAUCUGGAGGCGCAGGGGUGUCUGCCGCGCAUCCUCGUUCUGGCGCCGUGCUGCUUCAACAAAAUCACCCUUGAUCGGUACUGCGACGCCGCCUACCUGAGACAGGUCAUGGGCAUCGACUCCGAAGAGGCCCUGGCGCGUGUGAAUCGGCUCACAGACUGGAACAUGUCGUGCUAUCAGAGCACCCACGAGCGCAUGUUGGCGUGGACCGAGGCGGCUCGGCGAAGCUCAGCCACGAGUGGCAAGCGAUGUGCCUGCGAGGUGCAAAUAGCUUUGGAAGCCGCUGCGUCCCAAGCGCUCUCCGCGGUCAACGGCAGCUCUGUCGCUGCUGCUCCGCUGUUCUGCUACCAGCGCCGAAGCGGUCCUCGCUCCAUCGCAAACAGCAUCACGUGCACCCAUGACUUUGCGUUGCUGGUCGAGGGCCUUCUCAACUACGGGCGAAUGCAGUGGCUGCGGCAGCGCCACUAUAACGUGCAUCUGGUGCAGUAUGUGCCCGAUGUGGUGACGCCGAAAAACAAGUGUUGUCUCGCGAUUCGACAAGCACGCACGAGUUGA